AUGACGGCCGAGGUGAUCCUGAGAAUCACAUUCACGCCUUCAUCUCGGCCUUCCGCUUAUACUGCAUCCCUGACCCUAUUAGAACCUAGGAGCAUUUCAACCCUGGGAGAAUUGGUGGAGAGAUUUCUCCAUCGGUUCAUCUCCUCCCGACCUACGACCCGGACCUCAACUUACUUGCUGAACCUGCAGCAGAAUUCGGGAGAGUCACUUCGGUCGUAUGUCCAGAGGUUUCAUGAUGAGAGUGUACAGAUACCUGACCCCAAUGAGCAGGUUACCAUCGCUGCCUUUACCCAUGGGCUCGUCUCCGGAGUGUUCAACACGAAAAUUCACAAAAAAUAUCCCCGCACUCUCCACGAGCUGUGGUUAAAGGUCGAGAAGGGCAUACAAGCUGAAGACCUCAACCGCAUGAAGAAGGAGAUCCAAGCCACCCGCCCAAAGGCUGACCCUCGAAGGGGGAAAGAUGUUGGCCGAAGUGAAGCCGGGACAGGGAGUACUUUCCAAAGUCCUGGCCGAAAUCGCCGCAGCAUGUUCGACAGGAUUUCCAAGGGGAAAACAUUCAUCCCUGAGUCCGAACUGACUCCCUUGAACACCACUCGAUCUCGGGUGUUGUCCGUAAUAGAACAGAACAAUCUCGGGAAAGCACCUCCCAAGAUGUACGGCAGCAGGGAUAAGAGGAACUCGAACCUCUACUGCCUAUACCAUCGAGAUAUAGGGCAUGAAACCGAGGACUGCAACGAUCUCAAGAGGGAGAUCGAGAACCUCAUCCGACAAGGACACUUGAAGCAGUUCAUCCGCCGAGGUGGAGGUCAUCAGUGUGACGAAAACCGACGUGAUAGACGAGGUGACCAACGCCGAGACGAGAGGCGGACGUCAAGAAGCAGCUGCUGGCCUCCUGAGGAUCCUAGGGAGACAAAAAGGCCUCCCCGAGAUGGAUCUUCAGGCCAGGGGCUAGGGUAUGGGCCAAACAUUGCCGGAAUCAUUAACACUAUUGCCGGAGGUCCGACGGGAAGAGAUAGCCAGAACUCCCGGAAGAGAACCUACAGGCAAGCUAACCCGGAUCAGGUAGAGUCGAGUUCUCGCCUAUCCGAAGUCAUUUCCUAUGGCCCUACCGAUCCUGUCCCAGCCGCCUCGAGUAGCCACGAGGCACUAAUAAUCGAGGUGCUCGCUAACAAUUACAUCGUUAAGAAAGUUUACAUUAACCCCGAGAGUUCGGUAGAUGUCAUGUAUCUCCGCACUUUUGAGAGUCUUAAGUUGGCUAGGGAGCACAUGACUCCGGUGCGGACUCCCCUUGUAGGGUUUGGGGGACACAUCGUCCACCCCGAGGGAAUUGUGACCCUGACGGUGACCGUGGGGCACCACCCCCGCUGCCGAACUAUCCCUGUGAACUUUGUGGUGGUUAAGGCCGACUCCCCAUACAACUUGCUCUUAGGUCGACCCACUCUUAAUGCUCUGCGGGCGGUGUACUACACCUACCACUUGAGUUUCAAAUUUCCUACCAUCGCGAGAAUCGCCGAGGUCAGUAGCGACGUCUGCGCUGCUCGGGAGUGUUACCUCGCCACCUUACAAGCAGCCUCCACAUCGACCGCCGAUGUGAGACCCGAGAAGAGGUCAAGUAUUCUCUCGAUAGAUUGUAUUGAUUCUCAGCAACCCGAGAAGAUCCCAAGGCUGGAAACUGGGGAUGAGGUGGAAGAGAUUCCCCUGGACCCCACGAAACCUGAUCGGAUGGUCCGCGUCGGCACUUAA